CCAACUUGAUAUGUAGGAAAGAGGCUAAUUUCCUCUUUUAUUUGAGUGUUUUAUGGUCUUUUAUAUGUUAAUUGAAAAUAGAAAUUGAAAUAAUUGCUCUAUUUCUUUAUAUUGGGACAUCAAAUAAUUUUAAAUAGGUUUUUUUGAAUUUCAAGCGUUGCGUGUCUGAAAUUGCAAGCCAGAUUAAGACUACUUGAUUUCUAUUCCUAAAUUACUAAAAUCUUUACAAAUCGGGAAGUAUUUUUGUCAUUCUGCACUGUUUCCGUAUACCGAAAAAAGAAAAUGGCAUAUCCAGAAGGCGAAAAUCCUCAGACAAAUGAAAACAAGCUAAAAAAGAGAAUUAAUCGUGCAUGCGAUUUGUGUCGCAAACGCAAAAUUCGCUGCGAUGGAAAACAACCUACCUGCAGAAACUGUCUUAAUCACAAUGUUUCUUGUAUCUACACUGCUAGGCCCAAAAGAAGAACAGGUCAAAAGCAAAUUUAUGUUAAGUCUUUGGUCUCUAGACUGGAGCAAAUGGAAUCAACUUUACGAUCAGUCAUUCCAAAUUACACUCCCGAAAACGAGUCUGUCCCAAAUCCCAAUGCUGAUGCAGAAGAGGCUGAGAAAAGUUAUAAAGCAGAUUCUUCCUCUGAUGAGUCCGCAUCUGAUGAUUUAGCUUUUCUAAAUGAAAAAAUGGGAAUGCUAAUAACUACUCCUAUUGGUAAUCAAAAGUACAUCGGUGCCUCUUCAACCCUUUCCAUUCUUCAACAUGCGACCAAAUUCGCUUCAGGUAUUGCUUCUGAAAAAGCUCUUGAAAACUUAUCGCUUGCAAAAUCGGGUUGUCUAGCCGAACAACAAGAAGAUAAUAUCGACGCGAACCGAGAAGAGCUACCACCUCCUGAAGUUGCUCAAGCCUAUAUCGAUGCUUAUUUUAAUACGUUUAAUAGUGAAUUUCCAAUUUUCACAAAAGAAAGUUUUGAUAAAAGGUUUGGUUCUCCUGAUUGGUACAAACGCCAAGAUGGUUGUCUAGAUGUUACCAACUACGCUUUGUAUGUAAGUGUACUCUGUCUAGGAUGUAUAGGAACUGGUGAAAAUGAAUGUAACCUUAAGCGAGCUAAAGCUCUUUAUAUGAAUGUUUUAGAUGUUAAAUUGGAGGUUACCAGAUUCAUGAGUUUUGAUACAUUAUUGGUAUCUUUUCUUUCCUCUAUAUUUUUUUCUGCUAUUUGUCAACCUAAUUCUGCAUGGCUAAGCUUGGGUGUUGUUAUUAGAGUUGCUCAAACCCUUGGUCUUCAUCGUAACAGUGCCAUGUGGUGUAUUAAUAAAGAAGAUGCUGAGGAAAAGGCUCGUGUCUUUUGGCUGAUUUAUUCUAUGGAUCGACUUUUUUCCUUCACGUCAGGAAAGCCACUAGCAUUUCAAGAUGAAGAUAUUGAUCAGAUAAUACCGUUUUACUCGAUUUAUGAUUUCAGCCCUGUAGGAAACCCAAGAAGCGAUGAACUUAGAAAGUAUAAUUUUCUUGAAUGUGUCGUUAGAUUAAUGCAAGUUUAUGGACGUAUCUUGCGCCAGUUAUACUCAGUGACUGGCAUGAAAUCGACUACAAAUGACUUAAAAGAAAAAAUUAAGGCUUUGGACUUGGAACUACAUGAAUGGUUGUUAGAGGUUCCGGAAAGCAUCCGCCCAGUCUCCUUUUCCACAUUUAGUCGCCCAUCGAGUCAUUUGUUAGCUGGAGGUUAUUAUGCAGCUCUUAUUCUUCUUCAUCGACACGCAUUAACAAAAAACCUUCAAAUAAGCUGUACUCACAGAGGAUUAAGCAAUACUAUGGAUUCCCAAGCUCUUUGCAUUCAGGGUGCUCGUGCGAUUACCUACUUAUUUUCAGUAUCACUUCAUGGACAAGAGUUUUCCCUUAAGGUUGCUAUGUAUCAUGCAUUCACUGCAACCCUGAUUUUAUUUAUCGGAAUUCUGAAACGUCCACUUGCUUCUUCCUGCAGAGAGGAUAUUAACUGCUUGAUUACCGUCAAAAGAUGCUUUUUGUCGUGUGUGGGCAGAUUGGCUGGUUACUUUCAAUUUAGUGUUACUUUAAAUGCAUUGGAUAGUAUAAUUUCAACAGCGGAACUUGCUGUCCAGAAGGCUCAACAAAUGGCAAGGUCUUUAUCAACCCCUUUUGAUGUUCAGACAGAUGUUGCUGCAACUAAUGAGUCACCGUUUCCUUACAAUGAAUCAGUCCCAACGCCACCUUCUUUUACACCAAAUCCUAGUCAAUCUGAAGCUGGUACGGAAGACGUAUUUUCUGGGAGCAACCUCCAUUUCAAUCACGAAUAUCUAGAUUCUUUGAAUAACAGCUUUCUGGAAAUGCAACAAAACAAGGCUGAAUCACGCGAGGGAAAGACUCCUAAUGACCUGAAUGGAUUUUCAAGCAAUGAUUUAGUUGCUGGAGUAACCCCCAUCUUGGACCAAACUCUGUCCAUGUAUCCGUUUAACGAUGAGCUACAUUUGGAUUUCUCGGCUGCUAAUGUAUACAAUCCGAAUAUGUUUGAAGAUAUGGGUUUGGAUUUUUCAAUGUUCAAUAAUUGAGGUUUCUACUUAAAUGAAGGUUACUAUUUAAAAUUUUUUUUUUCUUACUCAUGGUUAUUUGUUAUAUUCUAUAUUUCCUUUUUAUGUAUUUUUUUUGGUGUUUUCAUAGGUUGAAUUGAGAUAUAUCAUACAUUAGCUGUAAUAAAACGGAACUUUUCAUGUUUAAUUUGCUCUCAUAUUUGUUUAUUAGAAAGGCGUAUACGAUCAAGAAGUAAAUGGAAG